UAAAAAAACUUAUUCGGCAGCUCCCAGCCGUGCGCCGUCUCAACUCUCAAGCGCCGCUCGCCAGCGAAACCCGAUCCAAGACAACAAUACCUACUCCCAACCUUCUGUGGCGAUGGCAGCACUGGCGAGGAGGGCGGGAGGAUCCCCUGCGGCGGCGCUGUGGGCCGCGGCCAGGGGAUUCGCGUCGGUCGGCUCCGACAUCGUCUCCGCGGCGCCCGGCGUGUCGCUGCAGAAGGCGCGGUCCUGGGACGAGGGGGUCGCCACCAAGUUCUCCACCACCCCUCUCAAGGACAUCUUCCAUGGGAAGAAAGUCGUCAUCUUCGGGUUGCCGGGUGCAUACACAGGAGUAUGUUCGCAGUCCCACGUUCCUAGUUACAAGAACAACAUUGAUAAGUUGAAAGCAAAAGGGAUCGACUCUGUUAUCUGUGUAGCUGUAAAUGAUCCCUAUGUGCUGAAUGGAUGGGCAGAAAAAUUACAGGCAAAAGAUGCAAUUGAGUUUUAUGGUGACCUUGACGGGAGUUUCCACAAAAGCUUGGAUUUGGAAAUAGAUCUCUCUGCUGCUUUGCUUGGUCGACGCUCCCACAGGUGGUCGGCCUUUGUCGAUGAUGGGAAGAUCAAGGCAUUCAACGUUGAGAAAGCCCCUUCUGACUUCAAGGUUUCUGGUGCUGAGGUGAUCUUGGAUCAAAUCUGAGCUGAUCGGUAAUCGGUGCUCUGUUUUGCUUUUGUGAUGCAAAUAAGUGACAGCUCGAGAAUCUGUGUGAAGAUGUUGCUGUCUGUCGUGCUAGUUCCAGGACAGUCAUUUUGCUGCUGCAAAUCUUUAUUUCUUUUGUUCCAGAACAGUCAUCGAAUUAGUCACCGGUUCGUGUAUGCGACAGUUUCUGUUAUUUGGCGUUUGAUGAA